UCUCCACGUGCUGCAGCUGUUCAGGCUGGAGGUGUGCAGGAAGAAGGAUGGCCAUAUAAGGAGAGGCGGGGCCAUAAAAGGAAACGCGUUCUUUAUAUGGAGAAAGGUGUCCCGGUCGUACAGCCCAGAACUGCGUAUCAUUGCGCACAAGCUUCGGUAAGUUCGCACCUGUCCGCACCAGACCAUAAAGACUCCCUACCCCGACACUUCCGGUGAGAGGUAAGGCGAUUCCGAGCCGCGGGGUGGCUGCAGUGGCUGUGAAGUGCCGGACUACCUGUCAGAGCGGACGGAUAUCUGCGGAAGCUGCCCGUCAUUUCCUUAUGUGGAGCGGAGUGAGCCGUGGGGGGCCGGGCCUCGCUGCUCUGUGAAAACAACUUCACAACUUUUUCUAAUUUCUGAUCGAUCCGGAUCGAUUUCCUGCGGAAAGUGUGCCCGGCGGCUUCCCCUCACGGCCCGCGGGCUCCCGGAGCUUUCUAACGGACUCACCGGGCGACCUGUCGCUGUAGAGCCGCUGAGCGCUUAGCCUAGCCCCGUUAGCCACGCAGCUAGCGGUGCGGCUAGUCGACCCCGACCCGGCGCGGAGCUCCGAGCCCCGCCGAGGGUCUCUCCGGCGCACCCGGAGGAUCCAUCUUCCGGGCCCGGUGGGAGGGACGCUGAUAAGGAUGCUGGCGGGCAGCGGGGCCGAGAUGGGCUCCAGAACCUUACCUGGACGCAUGAGCAGCACAGACACAGCCGGACCGGAACCGGACACGGCCCGGGAGACUGGCGAGGGGGCGCCGGAGGACCGGGACUACAGCGCCGAGGGGGCGUUCAGCGGCUCCGACCAGGACUCGGACUCCGCGGAGGACGAUGACACGGGGGGCCUGGGUGGGGACCGGAGGGGCGUGAAGCGGGAGAGGAGCGAGCGGGAGGUCGGGCAUCAGGCGGCGCAGAGCUCCGGAGGCCUCAGCGGGGCGUACAGUGGUCUGAGGCCCGGGGCGGCGGGGGUGAAGCCCGGCAAGAAGACCCGAGGCAGGGUGAAGAUCAAGAUGGAGUUCAUAGACAACAAGCUGCGGAGGUACACCACCUUCAGCAAGAGGAAGACCGGCAUCAUGAAGAAGGCGUACGAGCUGUCCACGCUCACAGGUACGCAGGUGUUGCUGCUUGUUGCCAGCGAGACGGGCCACGUGUACACCUUCGCCACGAGGAAGCUGCAGCCGAUGAUCACGUCAGAGACGGGGAAAGCUCUGAUCCAGACCUGCCUGAACUCGCCAGACUCGCCGCCGCGCUCCGACCCCUCCUCCGACCAGAGGAUGAGCGCCACGGGCUUCGAGGAGACCGACCUCAGCUAUCAGGUGUCAGAAGCUGACGGCUGCUCCGAGGCUGCCAAGGAUCUGGUCAAACCGGCCUUCAGCCUGGCCAGCUCCUCCUCCUCCUCCACAUCCUGCUCCUCUUCAUCCUCAGCGUCCCUGCAGGUGCAGACCAGCGCCCCCACCUGGCAGCCGCCGUCCUCGACUGCCAAUGGGACGCUGCUGAAGACAUCAGCCGGGGUGGUGCUUCCUGGAGGCUUUACUUUGAUGUCAGGUGGCUCGCUGCCUCCGGGUGCACACACCAUCCCCCUCAGCCAGCUGCAGGGCCAGUCUUUGGCCAUCCAGGGCCCCGUGGCCCCAGGCCCCACCCCCACGCUGCAUGCUCCACCCACACAGCCAGCUACGUUGCUGCGGCUUCCUGCAACCGUGUCGCUGUCAGGACCUGGAGUCUCUCAGCAGCUGCAGACAAUCCAAGUACAGACCAGCAGCCAGCAGGCAACCGCCAAUCACAGCAGCUCUGACAUGCAGAGCCCCGCCUCCUCCACAGCAAGUCUUCCCGUCUCCAUCGUCUCCUCCCCUUCCUCCUCCUCUUCCUCGGUAGCAGGUCACAUGAUGUACCCAGGCAGUCACACGGUGAUGUAUGCCGCACCAACGCCCUCGCUGGGCGACGGCAGCCUCACAGUCCUCAACACCUUCUCUCCAGCAGGCCACACCCAGUCACAUGACCCAGCCGCCGUGCCGCAGGUCUUCCUCACCUCUCUUCCUCCAGGCACCACUCAGAUCCCAGUUUCUGCAGUCCAGCUGCACCCGAUGGUCAUCAGUCAACAGAGCAGCAACAACCUGACCGAGCUGCAGGUCGUCAGUCUGGACGUCCACCAAUCAAAAGACGACUGAGAUGAACGCAGAUGAUUAGUUUCCUCCUUUGUUGCGACGGUUUGAUGGACUUCGUGUUUACGUGUUUGUGUUGAUCAUGUAAACAAAAACAUGUCGUCAUCAGUUGGUACUUCCUGGAACGCCGACCCGAUGUCCAGGUCAAUGUAGUGAUGAUGUCACUCUGCCAGGCGUCUUUCAUUUGAGAUGAAGAAAGUGCCAAAAGUGUGCGGACGCUCGUUUGUGUGGCGGUAUCGCGCGCGGUGACACACGGACAGCAGGAACACCAGGAGCAUCACUUCCUGUAUGGACCUUUCAAAGUAAAACCUGGAUCUGUAUUCUCUGAACGUUCAUCUUUGAUUUGCAGAAAUGUGAAAAUGAUUCCAGUUGUUAUUAAAAUGUUUCAUGUGAACGGC